AUCGGAAAAGAGUGAUCAUGAUUAUUACUGUAAAAAUCUUCUGCCAUUUCCAGUAAUGAUCUGUCGAAAGCCUUUAUCGAAAGCACUUGCUGUUCUUGGUGACAUUUCUUCCAGUAAAUGUACACAGCGAGCUCGCCUGACAGCUUUAUCCAUACAGCAGGCGGAUGUUUGGCAUAUUUUUAGCAUGAAGUCCUGUCGUCUGUGUUGUCAUUUUAGUAACACACCUAACAACAGGGCUGUAACAUUGUGUGGAUCAGGGGGGUUGGAAGCUGUGUGGUCAGUAGGUCACUGGUUCUAAUCUCAGGGUCAGCAGAGUGACGUCAUCACUGGGCCCCUGAGCGAGGCCCUUAACCCCGGUUACUCUAGGGAUUGGCCGCCCCUACAGGGACUAAGCGUCUGAAACGUCACAGAAGGAUUGCAUUACACUGUUAGGUGACGUUGCAUGUUGUAUUGUGGAAGGUAUUCUUGUAAGCAGCCAGUUUGGCAGAUGACCAAUCAGAUUAAGGGGUUGGAGUUUGCGAACAUGCUCUCUGGAAGAAGCUGUUUUUUUUCUCCUUCAGUUGGGCGUUACAUUUUACCCUCCGAAGGCUUGAUAAGUCCUCUGAUGCCUAAGUGCAGUGAGGUAAGUUUAUGGUCUGCACAGGAGAGCAGUCUGCAGGAGCUGGUGGAGCUAACUGGAUAACUUAUACCUCAAACAUGGAAAAAUAUACCUGAUAACGGGCAGCCAAUGAAUGACUUGCCUCGUGGACAAGGCUCCGGGGUCCUGCAGAGAUAAUCAUGAACCGGGAAAAGAGCCGGGAAAACAUACUGGGAAAACGUGCCGGCUGACAUUCAAACCUCUCUGCCGUUGCAGACAGCGUGAUGACAGAAGAUGAGCGAUUCCAUUGGACUCCAGUCAGUUCCAGUCUAAAGCUUUUCCACCAAUGAUGGAUCCUUCUCAGAAAGACACCUUCUGGGUCCCGGGGAGGGACAGUGACACUCCGCUGCCCCUGAUGGAUCACCUGGAAAUGGCUUUAGCUCACAGGCUGGGUAUAUUCUUAAAUGAUAAUGAGCAAGAUAUAUACAACUCUGUCCCGGUCCAGCAUUCUACGAUGGUCCGGCCGGACGUCCCGCCUCGGGAUCAGCCCGCUCCCCUGGUCCCCCCGCCAUUUCAUCACCAGUGUAACCCGCCACCCGUACCCCCCCGAUCCCCAAAAGGUAACUCUGCUGAAUCUGCUGUCCAGGACGACCGGGGUCGAAAUCCACCCCUGCCCCCUCGCUCUCGGGCCAUCAGCGCACAGCCCGUGAAGCCAAACAGACCUCUCUCUUGUACUUCCGUACCCACCAGUAACCCUCCAAGUCGACUGGGCCGGGCCAAUACCGCAGACAACAGCGGUGACUGGACCCUAAAGCUGAUCGACACACCAGAGGACAGUAAUGACAGACUUUCUGCAUUUCGUAGGUCUGUCUCCAGGCUGAUGCAGUGUUACCCGCACAGUGACAGGACGUUCAACCCUGGGCUGGUGUGGGGUCGCAUCUCACCCCUCCAUCCCAGCUUGCAGGAGGACGAUAUGGUUCACAUCAGCAUGACUGCUUCGUGGCUGCCACAUCCGGUCGCGUUCACAACCCCUCUCAACAGGACGGUGCGGAACCUGAUAGAGAUGGUCUGCUUCGUGCUGAAGGCCACUGAUGCUGAUGCAAGCCAGCACCUCCUGAAGUUCUGUGACUCCGAGGAGUUCCUAAAAAAUGAGGAAAUGCUAGGAAUGCAUGAGAGCAUCCUGACGUGCCAGAGGUUACGCCUGCAAGUUUCACUCAGACUCCUGCAUCAGGACCACGCGAAGGAGACUCUGGCCCGCGAUCAUGAAGAUGACAGCUGCCCCUUUGACAUAAAUCGCCUUUUGGGUUCUGCUUUUGUCUUCAACACAUCGAGAACUGCUCUGGAGACCCACCUGAAGUACUACAGCAAAGAGAUUCGGGAACUCAUGCGAAGCCAGUAUGGAAACAACGUGGGCGCAAUAGCAGAAGAGGUCCAGACAAUUAGCAGUUUGCUGUGUGGAGUUUCCACGAGAGAACUGGAAGAUGCCGUCGGUGUACUCCAGAGAACCAAGCAUCUGAGAAUGACUCGCGUGGAAUGUGAGGGAGUGGUGCUACGGCUUAACCAAGCCCUCAGCCAGCUGCUGCACAUAUUCUUCAGCAACUUUGACUCCGACUACCAAAGCGAGCAGCCAUUCCGUGAUCCCCAGCCCCUCUGCGCCGACGUGGCCGACAACGGCGAAAUCCUCCAGCUCGAUCUGGCCGCCCUCUACAAGCUGGAGCCCAGCUGGAUAACCAGUCUUGAUUACUUCUGCAUCUCCUGUGCACUGACCUACGGCUCGAAGCAGCUGUGUGAGGCUGGACUCUCGGAGAACAUCAGCACGAUCCUGUCUCUGGGAAAUAAGCUACAGUGCAGCAGGAAGAUGAGCUUCCCAAUUCAGAUCAACAGCCUGCCUUAUGAGUCCAUGCUGACCUUCCGUCUGCUGGGCUCGAAGCAGGGGAAGACCCCGGAGCUGUUGCGAUGGGCUGUCCUGCCCCUCUUCGCUGACAACCAACUUGUCAGCGGCACAGUUCUGCUGAGCAUGUCUGCAGUCGAAGAACUGACUGAACCACCAACACCUGGAGUGUCAGAUAGCCACAGGCAAGCCACAGGAGUCAUUCUACAGGUGGAGUUUCCGGAUACACACAGGUGGAUGUAUAAGAGACCAAAGUCACUGCCCUGCUCCUUGUUUGUCACCCCACCCUUCGAGGAGCUACACAAGAAGAUUGUGGACGUGUCCCAGAAGCACAGCGUAUCCUUCUUGACAGACAAUGAAAAGGCCUUCCUUUGGAGCAAACGGCACUCGUGCAACAAAGACAACACCUACCUGCACCUUCUCCUCUCCGGCGCCCCACAGUGGACACCAGAAGACCUGUCAGAGAUCUACGGCAUUCUGGAACACUGGCCACUGCGUAACCCGGAGGAGGCCCUUUUCCUACUCAGUGAUUGCUUCCAGGACCAAAAUGUGCGCAGGGUGGCAGUCCAGCGUCUGGAGCAGCUCUCAGAUGUGGAGCUGGAGGGCUAUCUCCCUCAGCUGGUUCAGGCUCUGAAGCUGGAAUGGAACCUGGAUGGACCCCUGGUUCUCCUCCUGCUGUCCCGAUCCCUGCAGAAUGUCCGCAUGGCUCAUCAGCUCUACUGGCUACUGGAGGAUGCCCGGGAGACAAAUAGGCACUAUCAGAGCUGGUAUAGUAAGGUACAGGCUGGACUCAGGUACUGCUGCGGGCGUCAACUGCGGCAGGAACUGGAGAACGAGCACCAGCUGGUCAAGCUGCUCACGGCAGCGGCAGAGCGGAUCCGCUUGGCGGACAAGACCAAGAGGAAGGAUAUCUUAAAACAUGAAAGAAUCAAAAUUAGUGACUUCUUCAAGGGACAGCUAAUGUGUCGCCUGCCACUUGACCCUGCCUUCCUUGUGCGGGGUGUAGACAUAGAGGCCUGCAUAUUUCACAACUCCAAUGCAGCCCCUCUGGGAGUAGCCUUUAUCAACGCUGACAGUCUGGGCAGAAACAUUGGCAUCAUCUGUAAGACUGGCGAGAACCUGGGGCAGGACAUGCUGGUGCUGCAGGCAGUCCGUGCGAUGGACCGCAUUUGGCUGGAGAGCGGCCUGGACAUGCGCAUGGUCACUUACAGGUGUGUCGCCACUGGAAGAGACCAAGGACUGCUGGAGGUGAUUCCUGAGGCAGUGACCCUGGCGCAGAUCCAGCAGGAGUGGGGGCUCCGUGGCCCCCUGCGGGAGGACACUCUGGAGAAGUGGUUCCACAUGUGGAACCGCACCAAGGAGGAGUUUGAGGAGGCUGUGAUGAACUUCCUGCAUUCCUGUGCGGGUUGGUGUGUGGCCACCUUCAUCCUGGGUAUCUGCGAUCGGCACAACGACAACAUCAUGCUGAAACACAGUGGGCACAUGUUCCAUAUCGACUUCGGAAAGAUCAUGGGCAACGCCCAGAAGUUCGGCACCAUCAAGAGAGACCGCUGUCCGUUCAUCUUCACGUCCGAGAUGUUCCACUUCAUCACGGGUGGGGGCGAGAUGACGCAGAGAUUCCAGAGCUUCGUGGAACUCUGCUGCAAGGCCUACAACGCCAUCCGCAGGCGCAGCCCUGUAUUGCUAAGCCUCCUGGAACUGAUGACUGGAGCUGGAUUACCAGAGAUGAAGAACAGUCAGGAUUUGCAGUAUGUCUACAACAACCUCCGACCUCAGGAUUCUGACCUGGAGGCUGCGUCAUACUUCACUAAGAUGAUUAAGGACAGCCUUUGCCUGAGUCUGCCAGUCAAGUUCAACUUCCUGAUCCACAGCUUCGGCCAGUCCCUCAAGGCCAGGCAGCCACCCCAGCCGGUGCCCGGCCCCCACACCAACAUCCAGGAAGCCGUCAUCCAGAAGUUCUCAGACAAAGGCAGAACAGUAACAUAUGAGCUCCAUGUGAAAAUCGAGGAUGGUUAUCUGACCUGCGAGAGAACCUUCAGCGAGUUUGAGUUGAUCCACAAGGAACUUCAGAAAAAGUUUGUGGAGUCCUUGCUCCCACAGUUCCCCGGCUGGUACAGGCUGUCUUUUACUGCCAGCAGGAGAAUGACUCUGCUUAACAAAUAUCUGAAAGAGCUCUUCAAUGGUCCCUGCAAAGGCAAUGAAUUUGUGUGCAGUUUGUUUCUUGAUGGUCCCAAGACACAUGCAGCAGAAAAGUCCACAAAAGACCUGGCCUGGCCAAGCAAACCUCAGAUCCAGCUGUGUAUGACCUACAAGGACCUCAAGCUAACGAUUCUCAUCAAGCACCUCAAGAACAUUAGGAUGCCCAAUGGCUCUUGUCCUGAUGCUUAUGUGGUGACACGACUGCGGCCGGACCCGGGGAAUUGCUCCAAGAAGAAGACGAACAUGGUGCGGAACAGCAGCAACCCCACGUUCAAUGAGCUGAUUGAGUACAGCGACAUCCAGUCACUCCAGGACAAAGUACUGGAGCUACAUGUGAAAAGCAGGGGCACCUUUCUGGCUGCGACCAAUAUUUGGCUGGCUGACAGGAGGAUGGGCACAGAUGAAUGGUUCCCAUUAGGGUUUUCCAGUGUCUGACGCCCCCAUGCUCAAUCAGAGCAAUAUAGAUUACUAACUAUGUGUUGGACAUCUAUUUGAAGCGGUGUUCCACCCUUCAAUCACUAGGGGGAGCUCUCAAGGUGACGCUAUCAAACAGAGCAAAAGGACAGCAGGUUGCUCCCUCCAGAGGAGCAUUUACCAACUGCAGACUGUCUCUUUUCCUUCUUGAGGGAGUUAUUUGGUAUUUUUUUUUCUUCCAAAAUAGUUUGUAUUUGUUCCUUUACUAAGCAAUGAUUUUUUAUUUUGCUAAAUUGUUACAGUCAGAAAGUUUACAGAGAAUUUGUGAAUUACUGUACAGCUCUUCUGUCGCCAUAUCCGCAUUUUGUAUUGCGUUUACUUUAUACUGAAUGUUUCAUGUUAAUGAUCCAGUUGACUAUAAAUAUGAAUUGUGCCUGUUAAAGCAAGGCGAUCAGAUGCAGAAAACCUCAAACGCGGUCGCAGGUGUGGAAUUGUAGUUGCGCGGCUCAUCGCGAGUCGCAGAGCUCCGCCCUCGUCUCGCACGGCCGCAUCCUGCCGGCUGGCAAAUUACACGGUGAGCAGCGAUAAUUCCAGCCCACAAACAUGGCCGAAGUUAGACAGCAGUGGAAUCACAGCAGCGGCCUGCCUCCGUUCCAAACCAGUGUAUGCUUUAUUAUUUAUGUCCGACAUCAAAGGCAUAGACAAACUCCAGACUUUACGGAAACUUCCCAAAGAGGGGAUUGAGUUUGACUAAUGGGUGCUGGCAAUAGGGCCUCUUCUCCCCGCCCCCCACCCACCCUGCCAAUGCUGCCCCAGAUCACAGCGCCCCCUAUUCCCCUUCUGAAUACCUCCGCUGCUGUGACUUACAACGGCGACUGACAGGUGGGGGAUUGUCCUUUAGGUAAUCUGGGCUUUGCGUAAUUCCCUUAGCGAGCUGCUGAACUGUGAAACACACUGUUCACUAAUAGGAUCUGCUCCCAGGCUACAGCUGUC